AUGGGACUCUACCCAGACGUCCAACGCAAGGCCCAAGAGGAGAUUGACCGCAUUCUCGGACCAAACAAGAUCCCCUCGUACGUCGACCGCAAGAACCUCCCCUACAUCGACGCCCUCGUCAAAGAAACUCUCCGCUGGCACCCCAUCGCCCCAAUGGGUAUCCCGCACAUGUGCACCCAAGAUGACAUCUACGAGGGUUAUCGCAUCCCGAAGGGAUCCCUAAUUAUGCCCAAUAUCUGGGCCUUCACCCACGACCCAAAGGUUUACCCUGACCCAAUGACCUUCAAACCCGAACGGUUCCUCGCAACAGAAGAUCAUACGCCGCAGCCAGACCCCCACGCGCUCUCAUUCGGAUUCGGCCGUCGGAUCUGUCCUGGCAAACUGCUAGCCGAUAAUACUAUCUUUCUUAGUAUCGCGCAGUCGCUGGCCGUCUUUAAUUUCAGCAAGGAAGAUCUCAUGGAACCGGAGUUUUUGCCUGGUGUGGUGAGUCACCCCGCACCGUACACGUUGAGUGUUAGUCCGCGGAGUGAGGCGCAUGAGGCGUUGAUUCGGUCCAUCGAGACGGAGUUUCCAUGGGAGGAGAGUAAUGCGAAAGAGAUUGAGGCCAUUGAAUAUUUAGAAUAA